AUGGGCCCCUGUACCGCCUCCUCAUGCUGCUGCCAGGCCCGUAAUCUGUCAUGGGCCCCUGUACCGCCUCCUCAUGCUGCUGCCAGGUCCAGAGUGUGUCAUGGGUCCCUGUACGGCCUCCCAUUGCUGCUGUCUCCAUCGCCACACUCUGCCAUGUGCCACUUUCAGGUCUCCUCACACUGCUGGUGGGUUCCAUUUUGUCAUAGGGUGCUGGCAGAUUACGGGCCUCCCAUUGCUGCUGCCAGGCCCGUAAUCUGCCAUGGGCCCCCUGUACCGACUCCUCAUGCUGCUGCCAGGCCCGUAAUCUGUCAUGGGCCCCCUGUACCGCCUCCUCAUGCUGCUGCCAGGUCUAGAGUGUGUCAUGGGUCCCUGUACGGCCUCCCAUUGCUGCUGUCUCCAUCGCCACAUUCUGCCAUGUGCCACUUUCAGGUCUCCUCACACUGCUGGUGGGUUCCAUUUUGUCAUAGGGUGCUG